AUGGCGCUGUACAACUUUAAGAAAAUUAUGGUGGUCCCCACGGCCAAGGACUUCAUCGACAUCACUUUAUCUAAGACCCAGAGGAAAACUCCAACGGUGGUGCACAAACACUACCAGAUCCAUCGCAUCCGGCACUUCUACAUGAGGAAAGUCAAGUUCACCCAGCAGAACUACCAUGACCGUCUGAGCCAGAUCCUGACCGACUUCCCCCAGCUUGCUGACAUCCACCCGUUCUAUGCAGACCUCAUGAAUGUGCUCUACGACAAGGAUCAUUACAAACUGGCUCUGGGGCAGAUCAACAUUGCCAAGAACCUCAUCGACAAUGUGGCCAAAGACUAUGUGCGGCUCAUGAAGUAUGGGGACUCGCUGUACAGAUGCAAACAGCUGAAGAGGGCCGCGCUGGGCCGAAUGUGCACCAUCCUCAAGAGGCAGAAGUCCAGCCUGGAGUACUUGGAGCAGGGUACCAUUCUCUAA